AUGACGAUCUCCCCGUGGGACCGCUGGUCUUCCACUAACUGCUGUUUGUGCUGCCACGUCCGCACAGGCACCAUCAUCCUGGGGGUCUGGUACAUGCUCAUCAAUGCGGUGGUGUUACUCAUCCUGCUCACUGCUCUCAGUGAUCCUGAGCAGUACCACUUGACCAGCGCUGAGCUGGCCAACGAUCUCCAUGUCAUGGAUGAUGCAAAUAUGUGCAUUGCCUCAGCAAUCUCCCUGCUGAUGAUACUUAUUUGUGGGAUGGCAACUUACGGUGCAUGCAAGCUGCAUGCAGCCUGGAUCAUCCCAUUUUUUUGCUACCAAAUAUUUGACUUUGCACUCAACACCCUGGUUGCUGUCAGCAUUGUGGUCUACCCGAACACUAUACAGGAUUACCUGCAGCAACUGCCGGACAACUUCCCCUACAAAGAGGAGAUUGGUGCUCUCAGUAACGUGUGUUUGGUCCUCAUCGUACUCAUCUUCAUUAGUUGUAUUCUAGGCUUUAAGGCCUACUUGAUUGCUUGUGUAUGGAACUGCUACAAGUACGUGUGUGCAAGAGCCACUGCUGAAAUGCUGUUCUACGUUACGACCAGUGAUACCACGGUAUUACUACCUCCAUAUGAUGACAGCAUGGGUGUGCCUCCCAAGCAGGCUCCUCCACCUUAUAUAACAGCUACAGCGUGA